AGUUCGGUUCAAUAUUGUUCAUAAAAGUGGUGCGCUUGCGGCUCGUGCUUGUUCAACUUCUUUUUUGUAAAUCAAAAGUAGAGAUAAUUUACGAGAAGUAAAGUAACGCGCGAAAAUUAUUGUUUACAGACGAAAAUGUAAAUAGUUUUUUGGAAAAAGUGAAGAAGAUAAAAAAGAAGACUAACGGAAUACAGUGGAAUAAAGGAAAAACAAUAUACAUAUACUAUACACAUAGGCACGAUUCUAUGGCUUCAAUGUUUCAAUGAAAUAUUUUUCUAAAUUUUCUGGCACAUUUUAAGCCAUAUUUCGUUUAAAUAUUCGUUAAACGCCCGCUACAGAGGCAUACACUGGACAAUUGAAUUCGACUCGAAUCAAUAUUUCAAAGUGGUUGAAAUAAAUAGAAAACAAAAUAUGCAAUUUAAAUGUGAAUUGACAACAAUAGUUUUCAUUGUAAAUUGGCUAUUCGUUGCGGUCAGUCAUGGCAAGUCGAUCGAUCGUUGUGAAUUUGUCCAUGAAUUGAAACAUUUUAAUCCACAAAUCGAUUAUCAUGAACUUAAUGCCUGGACAUGUAUCGCCCAGUAUCAAUCGAAUUUUAACACAUCGUCGAAAAAUACGGACGCAUCAGGUGCCACUUAUCAUGGAAUCUUUCAAAUUAGUGAUGUUUACUGGUGUUCAAACAACUGGCAAUUGGAACGAUCGUGUAAAAUUCGAUGUGAUCAAUUGCAUGAUGUAUUCUUAAAAGAUGACUUCGAUUGUGUUAAACGAAUCUAUGCCGAACAUUUACGGAUUCACGGAAAUGGCUUCACCGCUUGGCCCAUUUAUCAACAAUACUGUUCGGAUGGACGUGAUGUUAUCAAGGAUUGUACAAUGGAGAAAAAACCAAACAGUGGUAAAUCAUUUCAACAAAAGGAUAAAGCAAAAGCGAUCGCAGAGAAGAAAGCUCAUAAAAUAUAUGAACGAUGUGAAUUGGCACGUGAAUUACAUUUUAUACACAAUCUACCGUUUGAUCAAAUUGCAACAUGGGUGUGCAUUGCAAGAUAUGAAUCAAACUAUAAUACAUCGGCUGUUGGGCAUCUAAACGGAGACGGAAGCUUGGACCAUGGACUGUUUCAGAUCAGUGAUAUUUUUUGGUGUUCACCGCCCGGUCGCGGAUGGGUGUGUGGAUUAAGCUGUGCAAAACUCGAGAAUAGCGAUAUUUCAGACGAUGUUGAAUGCAUGAAAAAAAUUUACGAUGAACAUCAACGGUUAUCAGGAGACGGUUUCAAUGCCUGGUCAGUGUAUCCAGCUUAUUGUAAACACAAUGUGGAUCAGUUUAUAGCCGGCUGUUUUGAUACGGAUACUUCGAAUGAGAUAAUCUUUCCGAUGCAUAGACCGGGCAUUAUUGCGCCGGCAUCGAUCGAAAAGCCAGCAUUCAAAAAGAAAACUUUGAGCGGUGGUGGAAAGGUAUUCAGUAAGUGUGAAUUGGCAAAAGAGCUUCGCUACAAGCACAAUUUGCCCAAAGAUCAGAUUCACACAUGGGUGUGCAUCGCGCAAACACUGUCUAGUCUGAAUACAGCAUUUGAAGCGCCAAAAAAUGCUGAUGGCAGCAGUAGUCAUGGAUUGUUUCAGAUAAAUGAUCAAUAUUGGUGUGAUGUAAAUGGCAUUGGAAAAGGAUGUAAUAUCAAUUGUGGUAGUUUAAAAGACGGUGACAUCGCUGACGAUGUUCAAUGUGUGCAAACAAUUUUCAACGAACAUCAAAAACUGUUUGGUAAUGGAUUCGGUGCUUGGGGUCCGUACGAAAAUCAUUGCAAAUACGAAACCGAAAAUUCAUUGAGCGAAUGUUUUGCCAAUGAACCAUCAACUGUGGCCAAUAUUAAACCAAAUAGUUUCUUUUUGCCGGCAAAAUCACCAGAAAUUGAACAAAAAAGUAGCAAAAUCUAUAAAAAAUGUGAAUUGGCCCGAGAACUACGAAAUGUACACAACAUCCCAUUGGAGCAACUUCAUGCAUGGGUGUGCAUUGCAAAUCAUGAAUCACGUUUUGAUACGGCCGCAAUUGGUCGUCUGAAUGGUGACGGUAGUUUAGAUCAUGGCCUAUUCCAAAUUAGUGACAUUUAUUGGUGUUCAAAUUCUGGCCAAGGUAAAGGAUGCAAUGCAGCAUGUUCAGAUUUUAGAAAUGCCGACAUAUCGGACGAUGUACGGUGUGUGAAACAAAUCUAUGACGAACAUCAACGUUUAUUUGGAGCAGGUUUUCAUGCAUGGACCGUUUAUGAACCACAUUGUCGACAUCAAACCAAUCAAUACAUUAGCGAUUGUUUUUCAGACGAAAUUCGUCGUCCAGCGCCGCCACCAAUAAAACCAACUGUUUCAAUAUUAUCAAAUUCGAUCAUCGACCAAGGUCGUGCCUAUGAAAAAUGUGAUUUGGCCAAAGAAUUACGUUGGCGCCACAAUACACCAAAAGAUCAAAUUGCCGAUUGGGUGUGCAUCGCAUUGUAUUCAUCGAAUCUAGCAACAUCGGCGAAGGGACAAAAUUCCCAUGGUCUUUUCCAAAUCAAUAAUGAAUAUUGGUGUUCAAACGAUGGUAACAGGGGCAAACAAUGCAAUUUGGAUUGUAGCACAUUAGAAGACUCCGAUAUAACCGACGAUUAUCAAUGUGCGAAACUUAUUUAUGAUACGCAUCAAAAGUUGUAUGGAUCUGGAUUUGGCGCUUGGAAUGUCUAUGAACCAUAUUGUCGCGGACGAUCGUCGGAUUUAAUUGCUGGAUGUUUUGAUGAUAUCUCAGUCGUUACCAAUUUUAAACCGUCACUGCCGAAAAGCUUUUCAUUCAAUGCAAACAAUCAAAUUACCAAUACCAAUUCAAUCGAAUCGGAUGGAAAUGGAAAAGUUUACGAACGUUGCGAAUUGGCGAGAGAGUUGCGAUAUAAAUACAAUUUACCAUUGGAACAGAUACAUACGUGGAUUUGUAUCAUACAACACGAAUCAAAUUUCGAUACAUCGGCAAUUGGACGAUCGAAUGCCGAUGGCAGUUUAGAUCAUGGACUAUUCCAGAUCAGCGACAUUUAUUGGUGCUCCAAUACGGGAGUAGGUAAAGCAUGCAGCGCAUCGUGUGCUAGUUUUCGUGACGCUAACAUUGACAAUGACGUCCAGUGUAUCAAGCGAAUUUUCGAUGAACAUGAAAGAUUAUUCGGGUCUGGCUGGAAUGCAUGGACAACGUACGAACCAUUCUGUAAACAUACAACAUCUUCAUUCGUCGAUGAUUGUUUUGCUAACAACGAACCACGCAAAAAUGACACGAAAAUAUUAUCCACUUUAUUUGUUCAACCAGUGGCUGCAUCUUUGACACCAUUGAAUCAAUUUAAGCAUUCAACAUUUGCACCAUUCACACCCGCACCGCCAACGAAAAAAAUCCAAUCGGCAACGGCACAAUUUGUAAACUAUUAUACCACAUCAACUACACAGCGUCCAUCGUUUGGAACAGUGUCACGAUUUACAACGAAAUCGCCAACGACUCCUGUAAAAUUCCCAACAUUUGCUGCAGCAUUCCCAACAUUUGGCACUCAAUCGACGACGCCAGCUUCAGUUCAAGCUCCGAUCGGAAUAAAAACCACUAAUCAACACACAAUCGCGGCACUACGUAAUAAUUUCUUUACAACAACGACACCAAAACCAUCUUUCCCAUUGAAUCAAUUGACUGGCUUUUCCAAGAAAACUAAUCAGCUCCCAACACCUGCACCGCAAACUUUGCUUAUGCCAAAAACCACAACGCAAAAAUCGUUAAUCAAAACCGUUUCUAAUUCGGCCAAGCCAACAUCCAGUAGUAAAUUUAAUUUGUUCGAUUUGUAUCUGGGUCGAUUGACGACAAAAGCACCAGAACGAUAUACUUUUCCAACACCAGCACCAAAAAAUUCGAUUACAUUUGCAAACCAUUAUGCUGUUCGUCCCACUCAAGCCACUUCUCCGAUUGCGGCACCGUCAUUUUCUGUAAAUUCCUAUCGCCUAUCGGAUACAAACAAAAUACAAUCGACGACGACGAUUAAACCGACAAGCAAACAAUUUGAAACAUUUGCCCAAUCGCAAGUAUCGAACAUCGCACAAUCUCCUCGAAUUUUUAAUUCAACACACCAAAUAUCGAAUGCAGCAAUUUCAACGACCCCGAAACCACGUGUAUGGCGUUAUUCAUUCACGGGAAUAAAACAGCAAUAAAGUCACAAUUCAAUCGCUCAUCAAUGAACAUGCAGAAAUAUAUAUAUAUAUAUAUUGAAACCGAUUACGCGAUCGGUAUUCUGUAUCUGAUCUCAUGCCGAUUUUAUAAUCGAUUUAAAAUAUUUUCUUUAAAAAAAGUGUUGAAUUUGCUGAAUGGAAUCAUUUAAUGAUUUCUCGCUCUCCUUCCAUGUAAAAUUCGAAGCAUUUUAAUGUACCGUCAUAUGUCAUGGACGAAAUAAGAAAUUGUAAAAAAAAAAUUAAGUAUUGAUCGUGCGAUAGAACGAUUUUAGUUUAUGUGUAAAUAAAUAUCGAAUUUGAAUCACAAUGUA